GCUACAUAUGAGAGGGCUAAAAAAAUGACAUUUGUCUAAAAAUAACAACAAAUAAAUUCCUUUAGUGCGUAAAAAAGUAUCAAGUUGGUCAAAAUAAUUAAUGAAAUCUAGAAUUAUUGAUCGAAAACGAAUUAAAAAUAAAUUAAAGGCUCAACGACUAGCGUUGUUCUUUGUAUCGGAAAACCAAGAUGGCGACUCACGUGGAUUGAAAAAAAGAGAUUUCACUUUUCGUCUAAUUUCGUCCGACACUUUUCCAUUUUUGUCGAAUGAUCAAUGGCAGUGGCAUUUUUAUCGUAUACUAAGUAUAUUAGGUUACUCAGAUGUAUGCAAAAUAGUUCAAUUUUGUACGAAACAUCAAAAAGAUCAAUCAUGACAACCCGGCCGAGGUUGGAAAAAGUACUUGAGGACCUCCAGAAAAAUCCGUUUUUUGACAAAUAUGCACAAAAAAUUGCUAAACUUCAACAAACUAGUCCCGAAGAAUUCUUGGAUAGAGUCAGUGAAAAGGAGAGGAAAAUUAAGGAGGAGAAAGGCAAAGUCCCUGCGGCUGUAAGACCGUCUACACAAUCGACAAGGAGUUUUCUAACCGCUUUAUGGAAAUAUAAUCACUUUCACAGGGAGAUUUGUAGAUCUUAUUCAACUUCCGCUUCAGAAUAUAAAUACGUGACGACACCAAUUUUUUACGUAAAUAAUGUUCCACACAUCGGGCAUUUAUAUACAGCCGCUUUAGCGGACACGAUAGCAAGGUUUAAUUCAAUGUUAGGACACAAAACAAUUUUAACUACAGGAACAGACGAGCAUGGAACGAAAGUUCAGCGUGCAGCAGAAUUGAAUAAACUUCCUACAAAGGAAUAUUGUGACAAAAUUUCGCUUAGUUUUAAAAAUAUGUGUGAUACUUUUCAUGUAGAAUAUUCUGAUUUCAUUCGAACGACUGAGGUUCGUCACCGAGAGGCGGUUCAUCACUUUUGGAACAGAUUAAGUGAGCGAGGACACAUUUAUUCAGGAAAAUAUAGCGGGUGGUAUUGUGUAGCAGAUGAAGCUUUUCUCUCUGAUGCAGACAUUACAGAGAAGAAAAAUAAUAAGGGAGAAACUAUGAAAGUAUCUUUGGAAUCUGGGCAUCCUGUCGAGUGGGCCGAAGAAGAUAAUUUUAAAUUCCGCCUCAGCGCUUUCCAGGACGAUUUGAAACACUGGUUGAAAGAUGAAAAUGUAGUCAGGCCUGAAAAAUUCCACAAAAUGUUGUCGCAAUGGGUUGAAGACGGUGAAAUUUUUAAGGAUCUGAGCAUUUCACGGCCAUUGAGCAGAGUUUCUUGGGGUAUAACGACUCCCGGUGAUGAUUCUCAAAGCAUUUAUGUGUGGCUGGAUGCCUUAAUUAAUUACCUGACAGUCUUAGGAUAUCCGAAUGAAAAUUUCAGGCAGUUCUGGCCUCCUUCAGUGCAAGUGAUUGGAAAAGACAUUUUAAAAUUCCAUGGAGUGUACUGGCCAGCUUUCUUAAUAGCAGCUGGCCUCGAACCUCCUAAAACUUUAGUGUGUCACUCCCACUGGACCGUAGAGGGCGAAAAAAUGUCCAAGUCGAAUACGAACGUCGUUUCGCCUUUUGAUGCUGCUACGCAGUAUUCUCCUGAGGGAGUCCGUUAUUUUCUUCUGCGGGAGUCAGUUCCACAUAAAGACUCAAAUUUCAGCGAAAACACCGUGCAAUUGAUAUUAAACGCAGACUUGGCAGAUAAUCUGGGCAAUUUAGUUCGCAGAUGUACGAGUAAUCUCAUCAAUUCCGAAAAAGAGAUUCCAAAUCCAAAAUUAUUUGCCGACGUUCUGAAAUCGGAACAAGCGCUUAAAGUGAAAGAGAAUCUCGAAUUUUUGAAGGCGACUGCUGAAAAGAAUUACAAAAGUUUCAAUGUUCAUCAUGUCGUAGACGCAGUUAUGACUACUUUGCACAGUGCAAAUCAAAUGUUUGAUUAUCAUAAACCCUGGGCUUUAAGAAAACUCACAUCCGAUUUGGAAGCCGAAAAAGAAUUAAAAGCUGUAAUUUCCCUAACGCUGGAAACCGUCCGAGUAUCAGCUUUAAUUCUUCAUCCAGUGAUUCCCAAGCUCACGAGCGAUCUUCUCGAUUUUCUUCAGGUACCCCAAGAAAACCGAACCUGGGAAGACACAAGUCCUGCCUAUCUGGAAACUUCACCUUCGGAAAAUAGAAAUUAUACCAAGGAUUGUAUUUUUUUUGAGAAAAUACGAGAUGCAAAGAAGUAACGGAAGUGUUCAUAGUUUAAUACUCUUUGUGGAAGUCUUAAUGCUAAUAUAUUUACAGAGAACGAUCAUACGGAUAUAAUUUUUAGUGUACAUAAAUAUCUUGCACGAAACGUGCCGACGAAAGGAUGCAAAAUUGAUUUCUCAGGGUCGAAAGACCAGUGAUGGGAAGCAACUAGUUUCUUUUAACCAGUAACUGUAACCAGUUGCUUGUUUAGAAAUUACAGUGAAUUUAUUUUUUGACCGGGAAUCUGACAAAUUUUUAUAAAAAACAAAAUCUGUCCAACUUUGAAUUCAACCGUUUUUAAAAAUAAUUAGUUCAAUUAGGCAUUUUUUAAAAGUUAUAUCAUUCAGUUUAGAAUGAUUCAUUCGAAAAUCUUCCAGUUUAAACAUUUUCUAUUUCAGAUUUUAAGUUUCAAGCGUGCAUUUUAAUUUAAAGAAUUUUGAAAUAUAGUUUCAAAGACUUGAACAUUAAAAUAUUAGAAUAGUUUGAAAUCGAAGAUUUUAGAUGAAA